GUGUCUGUAGAUUAGAGUUUAGCCUAAUAUAUGUACGCGUAUAGUUCCAGGUUACUGGAAUUGUGCUAUUACUUCAUAUUUGUGAUAAUGUACAUACACACGCAUAGGAUAUAAAGGUGAUAGUGCAUGCACAUUUAUUAUUAUAUCAUGAGAAAUAAAAUUUAUAUUGGAUGGAGCUGUCCAAGCAUUUAGUUGCGUUUGUAUUAACGAAUACAGAGUUCGAAGUGAGCUAAAACUUUUUGUACUGUACAGCAGUUUUGGUUGAUCUCGAUAGCAAGCAGUGCGAAGGUCGUCCACUUAUCGCAUAAAACAAGUCCAAUUUCGCUAUUGAAAAAAGCUGAAGCCUAAAAUUAUGUGGAAAUACACAGACGGGCACUUUUUUUGCUAUAUAAAUGUCCCUACUUAUAUAAUAUUGUCAUUUUUUAUGCCAAGUCUAUGAACUUGGCGAAUGCAUAGCGUUAGUUCAAAGUAAAUCUCAUCAAAUCUGUUCACCUUCGACAAAUAAUUCAUCGGCUGAUUUUCCUCAUCAAGCAAUUGCAAUCAGUACUUCCUUUAAGGUGAACAUGGAUUCAAAACUGGUUGGUUCGGCGAAGGAGGAAAAAUGUUUGGAAGAAUUGAAAGAAAUUGUAAAAAAAAAUUCUGAAGAAUUUGAGAAUUUUGAGUGGCUUUUGGAUGACAAAUUCCUACUUCACUUUGUUCGAGGAAAAAAGUACAAAAUAGCAAAGGCAUCUAUUGCACUAAAAAAUUACAUUCGCAUCAGAAAACAUCAGUACAAACCAUUGUUCUUACAAUUGGAUAAUUUUGAAGAGUCAACAAUAGGAAUUCGGAAUGGGGCUGUCAGUGUUUUACGGCACAGGGAUGCCUUCGAGCGAACAAUCGUUGUCAUCAACUUUACUUUCUGGCCUGACGACAUGACCGUCGAUCAGUUCACUCAAGCCCUCGUUCUGGUGACGGAAGAGUGUUGGAACUGUCAAAAGGUUGAGACCCAGGGCGUUCAACUGAUUGUGGAUUUGUGCAGUUUCGGGUGGAACCACCUCAAAAUGUUUACUCCGUCCGUCGUCUACAAGUGUGUCAACAUUUUUUGGAACAACAUGCCAAUUCGAUAUAAAAAUAUUCAUCUUCUGAACCCUGGGAGUAUUUUUGAAAUCUUGCUGAAAGGCAUUAAACCGUUUCUACCCUCCACACUACGUGAGAGGCUCUUGCCACAUUCCACUGAUUGUUCCGAACUGUACAAAGUGAUUCCACAGGAAAAUCUGCCGAUAUCCUUGGGUGGUGAUUUAGAUGACGAGGAUGCAUACGAUACUGAGCUAGUUAAAAGAAUCUAUGCAAAAACGGAAUACUAUCAGCGAUUUGUGCAAAGUUUGUAACCAAAUUUUAUAUUAGUUGCUCCAUCGCAGAUACAUAGUUAAGUACGCAGUAAAUCUAGUUUUAUGUAGGAGAAAUGUAAUGAUAAAUGUGUAAUUAAACAAUAAUAAGUCCGCCGGAUAUUGUGAUGUUACUAUUAAUUUGACAACUUACUAAAUCUAUGUGUUCUACAGAUAUAAAUGGGUCUAUAAAUAUGUUAUAAAUGUUGCUAAAAAUUGUUAAAACACUACAAUAGCUACAAUGAAAAAGUAACGUGUCAUUAGUGUAAAUUGUAAUAAAUCAUAAUGUUUUGCAGAUGUUUUAUGAUCGGUAUAACACCGAUCAUGCAUACAUA